GCGGCUGCCGGCUCCGUGCGGGCGAGCGGGGCCGGGCGGCGGCGGCGGCGCUGCGGUUGCGCCAUCUGUCAGGAGCCCCGGUGGGAGGGGAGCGCCCUAGCCGCGCUCGCCCGGGCGGAGCGGAGCGGAGGCGAAGCGAGGCAGCAGCAGCGAGGAGAGCCCGUGCGAGCUCAUCCCUGCCCAGGCUGCGGCUCCGUCGCCGCACGAAGCCGCCGCCUCCGCACCCGGCCGGGGCUCGGCGCAGCGCGUCUGCCCGCGGAGGGAGGCAGCGGCGCCCCUCGCUGCGGGCGGGCGGGCGGCAGCAGCCGGCGAAGGAGCGGAGCGAGGAGGAGGAGGAGGAGGAGGAAGAUGAGGAUGUGAGUGCGGCGGCGCCGCCCCGGCCCCGCGCUGAGCCGAGCCGAGCUGCCGCAGGGCAUGUUUUCAAGCCAUUUUUGAGGAAAUGUGGUGAAUGUAAACUUGUUCAUUUGGGGACAAAAUUCUGCUGAGGCUCGCAUUAGCCGUUUUGGCCACAGCCUUUUGUGGGGAACUCAUGUCAAGCUGAUUGCCUCCCCGGACCCCCAGUCUCAUAUUCAGUCUCUGCUUCGGAGGAUAGAGUCCUCUCUCUCCCUCUCAUCCUGAUUUUAGAUAAUGGGCUGUGUGCAAUGUAAGGAUAAAGAAGCAACAAAACUGACUGACGAGAGGGAUGGCAGUUUAACUCAAAGCUCAGGCUACCGCUAUGGGACAGACCCCACUCCGCAGCACUAUCCUAGCUUUGGUGUGACUUCAAUCCCGAACUACAACAACUUCCAUGCCACAGGAGGCCAAGGACUGACUGUGUUUGGUGGAGUCAAUUCCUCCUCUCAUACUGGAACACUGCGUACAAGAGGAGGAACAGGUGUAACUCUUUUUGUGGCGCUUUAUGACUAUGAAGCAAGAACAGAAGAUGACUUGAGUUUUCACAAAGGAGAAAAAUUUCAAAUACUUAACAGCUCGGAAGGAGACUGGUGGGAGGCCCGGUCCUUGACAACAGGCGAAACUGGUUACAUUCCCAGUAAUUAUGUGGCUCCAGUCGAUUCCAUCCAAGCAGAGGAGUGGUACUUCGGCAAACUUGGCCGAAAAGAUGCUGAGAGGCAGCUGUUGUCAUUUGGAAACCCCAGAGGUACCUUCCUGAUCCGGGAAAGUGAAACUACCAAAGGUGCCUAUUCCCUGUCUAUUCGAGACUGGGAUGAUAUGAAAGGAGAUCAUGUCAAACAUUAUAAGAUUCGUAAACUUGACAAUGGUGGAUAUUAUAUCACAACUCGGGCACAAUUUGAAACUCUUCAACAGCUGGUUCAGCAUUAUUCAGAGAGAGCUGCAGGUCUUUGCUGCCGCUUAGUAGUCCCCUGUCAUAAAGGAAUGCCAAGGCUUACUGAUCUGUCUGUCAAAACCAAAGAUGUCUGGGAAAUUCCACGAGAAUCCCUACAGUUGAUCAAGAGACUGGGAAAUGGGCAGUUUGGGGAAGUAUGGAUGGGUACGUGGAACGGAAAUACUAAAGUGGCUAUCAAGACCCUGAAGCCUGGCACGAUGUCACCUGAAUCCUUCUUAGAGGAAGCCCAAAUCAUGAAAAAGCUAAAACAUGAUAAAUUGGUCCAGCUUUAUGCUGUGGUAUCUGAAGAACCUAUCUAUAUUGUCACGGAGUACAUGAGCAAAGGGAGUUUGCUAGAUUUCUUAAAAGAUGGAGAAGGAAGAGCUUUGAAGUUACCGAAUUUGGUGGACAUGGCAGCCCAGGUGGCUGCAGGCAUGGCGUACAUUGAGCGAAUGAAUUACAUACACAGAGAUCUGCGGUCUGCAAACAUUCUGGUGGGGAAUGGCCUAAUAUGCAAGAUUGCUGACUUUGGAUUAGCAAGACUGAUUGAAGACAACGAAUAUACGGCCAGACAAGGUGCAAAGUUUCCCAUUAAAUGGACUGCGCCAGAAGCAGCAUUGUAUGGAAGGUUCACAAUAAAGUCGGAUGUGUGGUCUUUUGGGAUCCUACUGACAGAGCUGGUAACAAAAGGGAGAGUGCCAUACCCAGGCAUGAAUAACCGUGAAGUCUUGGAGCAAGUAGAACGUGGUUAUCGGAUGCCAUGUCCUCAGGACUGUCCCAUCUCCUUGCACGAGCUUAUGAUCCACUGCUGGAAAAAAGACCCAGAGGAGCGUCCAACUUUCGAAUAUUUGCAGGGUUUCCUUGAAGACUACUUCACUGCAACAGAACCCCAGUACCAGCCUGGUGACAACCUGUAAACCCCUGGUCUGCAGACACUGUCAUGAAUUACCAGGUGUUUCUUAGCCCUGCCCCACCUGUCCUUCAGCUUCCAACUCCGUGAUCGGCUUCUCCAGAGUGCAGCAUCUUCCAGCACCGCCGUGCACAAGAGGGGCUGAAGCUGGGAACUUCCUCAGCCCUUGCCUAUGACCACUUGUCCUAAUAAUCUGAAUGUCCUGGAUUAAGAGGAGAAAAACGCUUGUUUUAUCUUAAGCAAAGACUCCAAAACUGCAUUGUAUUGAUGUUAUGUAAACUGCAAAACCUCUGUUCAUUGUAAAUAGUAACUCAGUGCCAAUAACUGAUCCUAGUGCUUUCCUUUUUUUAAAACGCAAAACCUAUGUGAUUUUAACUGGUCUUCUCCUGAUUCAACUAAAAGUAUUAUUUUCCAAAAGUGGCCUCUUUGUCUAAAACAUUUUUUUUCAAGUUUUAACAAAUAAAAAAAAAAAUCAGGACAGGUGUUUGGUUUUUUGCUUUUUUUAUAUAUAAAAUAUAUAUAAUAUAUAUACAUACCUGUACAUACAUAUGGGUGCUAUUGCAGAGGAAACUCAUUUGGAAUUGAAUGAAUCCUGCUGCAGCAGUGCCCGGAAAGUGAUAAUUUUACUGCAGACAUGAAAACACUGGUGGGAUUCUGAAAGCCAGUGAUCUAAUUUUUGGCUUUUGCCAAGCAUGAUUUUUUUAAAUUGGAUUGCACUUUUUGUUUAUGAUUAUGUACCUGUAGAUGGUUGUAACUUUGCUCUUUCAGGAAUCAUGUGCUGUAUUUACAGUAAUGUUUCCAAUGUUUGACAAGUGUGUGAUGAUUUGUUCUUGAAAUUAAAACGAACAUAUUUAAAGCAAGAAAACUACACCAUCACCGUUGGAACUGGAAAAUUGAAACUGCAAGGACUUCCUGUAUCAAAACAUGUAUACUGAAAUGUUUCGAAAAGAUUUAUUAAACAGUGUAACCACAUUCAGAUGGUCUUAAAAUCAUAGCAUAUUAGCCACGUCCACCUGCUAAACUGUUGGUCAUGCAACUAGGAUUUUUCUGUUUUGUGUGUAACAUUUUUCCAUUGUAAAAUAAGUGUGUUAAAUGUCCUGUACUGCUAAUGAAAUUACUUUUCCUAUGUC